UUUACGUAAGUAACUUAUCUAAGUGAAUCACUUCUCUAAUGGAUAAUAUCACUUAGUAAAAAAUAAACAAAACACGUUAAUUAACGAAGAGAUUACACGUACACAUCAUCCUUAAGGAAGAGAAGAGAACAAGACUCAUGAUUUAAAAUUAAGCUAGUGGUCACUCUCUCCAGGCGCCGCUCUCUCUCUCUCUCUCUCUCUCUCUUUCUUUCUUUCUUUCUUCUCUCUCUCUCUCUGGGAAUGGUCAGUCAAUUUCACCACUGAGAGCUCAAAAUCGCCUGACCUUGACCUCUACUCUCUCUUCUUAUCUCUUCCCCAAGAAAAAAAGCACUUCCCAGUUUAGAAGAAGAGAGCCAUCAUCAUGAUACAAUCUGGAGAAUUCCCUGCAUGGCUUGAGGUUUUGUUAAAAGACAAGUUUUUCAACGCUUGUUUGGAUCAUGAAGAUGUUAAGAAGAACGAGAAGAACAUUUUAUGUAUCGACUGUUGUCUUAGCAUCUGUCCUCACUGUCUCUCUUCACACACCUCUCAUCGUCUCCUUCAGAUAAGAAGAUACGUGUACAGAGACGUUUUGAGGGUAGAUGAUGGUUCGAAGCUAAUGGAUUGCUCUUCAAUUCAGCCAUACAUAACGAACAGUUCGAAAGUUGUGUUCAUCAAUGAACGACCUCAGUCUCGGCAGUUUCGUGGUUCCGGCAACAUUUGCAUCACCUGUGACCGGAGUCUCCAGUCUCCUUACCUCUUCUGCUCUCUCUCCUGCAAGAUUAGUGACGUCAUAAUGAGACAAAGAGCACUCUCAGGCUUUCUCCGCGUCUGCAACGUUCUCGAUUUAACCGACGAAGUCACGACAACGACGCCCAGCUCCACUCUCGAACCGACCGGGUCGACCCGUACGUCUUCCGAUUACAUAAACCGAGCUUAG